CCACAAACACGGCUCAGUAUCAACGGAUUAGUACUGUGCACAAGACUUUAGCAAGCACGAACGAUAUAAAACUUUAUUGUGAAAAAAAUAAGUUUCAAAAUAUAAUAAAAACACACAAUAUUGUUCGAGUUUCCAAGAAAACCUCAUGGUUUUUGUUUUCAGUGCGUUACUUCAUUUGCUUUGAAAACUACGCUCGAAGAUAUAACUGCGAACGAUUUUCUACAUCGAAUAAUUGACGCUAAAAAUGGCGUAUUUCACCCUAAUUGCUACAAUAGUGUUAGUGGUUGGCGUUAAUGCUGACUCAAGUGAUAACGAUAAUCCGUUUCCAGGGUUCCCUUUUAAUCAGUUUCAAAGACCUUUCCAUAACGUCCAUGUAAACUCUUUCCAACCAUUCUUUCCUUUCCCACUUCACCCCGUAAUUCCACCAUUCCCCACCAUCAAGAUACCAAGCCCAGACGACAUAAUUGGUAAAAACCCUAACCCUGGGGAAACGUAUUCUGGUAUAGUGGUACAGUCGUCUAGUGGUUACACUACAGAUGAGAAUGGGAACGUCGUCAAAACUGGUGGUACCACUGUAGUGACCAACGACAACGGUGAAGUUAAGGAGUACAAAGUUGGAAAAAACCCGCCGGUGAUUAAAAACAACAUAGUACCACCGGUGCCUGUUGUGCCGCCAAUGCCAUUAUUUUUCCCGGAAAUUCACAUUUCAUCAUUUAACAAUGACAACCUGAAGAAUAUCAAGCCUGGUCCAAAUCAACAUUUCGUCGGUUCCUCGUCAUCUUCCUUCACAGUCUCCAGCAAUGUAAACGGCAAGAAAAACUACGCGGGUGCCUCUAAAACUAUAGUAAACAAUAAUGGAAAAGUAGACGAACAAGCUCUCGUUAUUGAAAAUAGCGUUUAAUUUUUAUUGUUUUUAAACUUUUAACAGUUGUCAUUUUCAAGUGAUGUUUUAAAUUUACUUUUCAUUUACAUUUUUUUAACGUCAUUCAAUUAAUAUUUUAUUUUUUUUUACUUGUUACGAUUCCAAUGUUUUAGAUAUCUAUAAUGUUUUAAUAAACCAAUGAUGAUUCUUUAUGUUA